AUGGUUGAAUCCGUCGCUGCAACAUCCCUUUUAGGGCAUACACCGAUUUUAGGGCAUUACUUGAGAAAUGUUUCUGUUAAUCAAUAUGUGGCUAUGCCGUCCCGAUUUCCAAGAUUUCCAGUGAUUAAAGCCCAAGCAAUGGAGUUGACUAAGGAAGCGAAUUUGUACAAAGAGAAAGACCGAUUCUCAAGAUUUCCGCAGAGUUUCAAGGAAGAAAAACGAGAGUUGUUUCCACCUAUAAACAAGGCUGAUAAUCCUUCAUUACAUAACCCAUUGGCUCGACAAGAAAGAAUGGGUUGUGGUUGGUUAGGCGCUAUAUUUGAAUGGGAAGGAGUUUUAAUCGAAGAUAACCCAGAUCUCGAGAAGCAAUCAUGGCUCACACUUUCACAAGAAGAAGGCAAAUCCCCACCUCCAGCUUUUCUUCUUCGAAGAAUACAAGGCAUGAAGAACGAGCAAGCAAUCUCAGAAGUUUUAUGUUGGUCAAGAGAUCCAUCUCAGUUGAAACGAAUGGCUUCAAGAAAAGAAGAGAUCCACCAAGCUUUACAAGGCCGGAUUUACCGAUUCCGUGAUGGGUCUCAGGAAUUCAUGAAUAUCUUAACCCGUUACAAGAUUCCAAUGGCAUUGGUCUCGACCCGCCCACGUAGGAAUCUUGAAGAAGCGAUUUGUGCGAUCGGAAUCGAAGGUGUUUUCAAUGUUGUGGUGACUGCUGAGGAUGUUUACAGAGGGAAACCGGAUCCGGAGAUGUUUUUGUAUGCAGCUGAGCUUUUGCGGUUUAUACCCGAAAGAUGUAUUGUGUUUGGGAAUUCGAAUUUGACUGUAGAAGCUGCUCAUGAGGCAAGAAUGAAGUGUGUUGCUGUGGCUAGCAAACAUCCGGUUUAUGAGCUUUCUGCUGCUGAUUUGGUGGUGAGGUCGCUUGAUGAGCUUUCGGUGGUUGAUUUGAAGAAUCUUGCUGAUGUUGAGUUGACUGAAUUUGGGUCAACACCGGAAUUGGAAAUGGAGUUGGAGGAAGAAAACGAUGGACACCCGCCUUCAUCGGUAGCGGUUGAUGAUGGUUUCUGGUAG